ACGUGCACAAACCCGGCGCCCAUUGCAUGGCAUUGCUCUAGUUUUGUACUAAGUUGAAGCAGCUGUGGGUAGUGACUGAUGUGAAUGUGACUUCUUUUCUGAAACUCGUAAUUUCGAAAGUAUCUUCCACCACCAUUAUGCCUGAUCAUCUUUUCAUCGGGAGACUGAGCCUCAACACACGAAUGCGAGAUAUCCUGGCCAUUUUUGAAAGAUAUGGCAGAAUAACCAGAAUAGAUCUCAAAUUUGGUACUGAAUGGGCUUAUGCCUUUGUGAAUUAUGCCAACCAACGUGACGCAGAGGAUGCGAUCGAGCACGAGAACCGCCGAGAAGUCAACGGCCAGAGGAUUGUGGUAAAGUGGGCCAACGGACAAAGAUGGAGAUUCUUGGGUUUUUCUUCUGAAUUGACAAUUUCUGUUAUAAUAAUGAUACUAGUUUUACUAUAUUACUACUGCUUCUACUAAUAAUAAUUAUGGUAAUUAUAAUGAUAAUGAACAGCAAGAAUUAAAGAACAACAACAACGAUAGAACUAUAUAGGCCUCGGUUAUUAUUUCUGUUAUUACUAUACUAUAGAAUUCUUCUUCGUGGUUCGUAUUCGUUGGAAUGUAAUCUAGUUAUAGAUGAAAGGUAUUUUACAAUCGAAAUAGAUAUGAUGUAAAUAAACUACAACUACUACCUUAUUAUUACAGCAUUUAAAUCAAGGCCGUAUACUUUACCCUUUUGGUUUUUCGCUUCACCAUUAUGUCAAUAUUUCAAUAGUGUUGUGUUCAAACGUAAAAUGUUCGUAUCUUACAUGUAAAUUGUCACACGUUAAUUGUUAACGGUUUGUUAUCUAACUAUGUACCGUUGGAAAUUUAUGAAAUGGACCUUGUGGAAGAUUAGUCUUGUUCUAAACAAGUUACUACUGCUACUACUACUACUACUACUACAAUGAUAAUGGCGA